CUUUGGCUUAGUUAUCGUUCAGAUUCACGAUGGACAUGAUUGCUUUGAUUUCGAUUUGGUUCGUUUUGAUGAACGUGGCUUGGUUUCAACCGAUAUAUUUCCUCAUGCCAACUCAAGUAGCCCGCAGCUUUAACUUGGCAGAGGAUUCAUUUUACCAGGAACCAGAACGGAUUGAAGGGAUUCAGUUCAUCGAAGACCCCGCCAAGCUAUUCAAGCCCAAUGAUUUUUUUCGAGAAGUAAACAAAUUUAUUAUCGGAGUUCAAGAAUUCGUGCAGAAUCCAUCGUCUUCCCUGUACAGUGCAUUCAACCAACUGCAGAGCAAUGCCAAAAAGAACCACCAGAAAAACCAGAAGCCCGUGGUGGUUCUUGACCCCUUUGGUAACAUUACAUUCACCCUGGGCUGGUCAGCCAACCUGGGAGUGUUCAAUAGCAUCAGUUUCAGCAAGAGUCGGAGUCUGGUUAACUACAAUGGCUGGACUAAGGGUUAACAAUCCGCUGGGCUAAAUCAAUGGCCAGAUGAUAACAUACUUCUGGGCUGGGCCAUGGCAAUAUAAUUCGAAUUAAAAUU